AUGUCCGUCUAUCACAAUGACAUCGCUAGGGGGCUCAGCCCCAGUGUCAUGAAUUAUAGGGACACUCAACAGAACCUGAUGCCUCUAUUUGCAUCUAUUCUUGUUGCGUCCAUUGCAGCCUUCUUUUACUCGUCCACGAAUCUUAGGAUUCCUGGCCCUUACACCGCCAAGGUCACCAGACUCUGGUAUCUAUGGCAGAUGCAUAGAGGUGAUUUCCACUGGACCAAUAUCAACCUUCAUCGCAAGGUUGUUCAGGUAAUGCCGGGGUAUUUCAGCAUCGACGAUCCCAGUUUCCACAAAACCGUAUCCGGGCCAUCUUGGCUGAAAGGAGAAUGGUACGCCGCAUGGCAUAUUGGGCCGACGCCCGAGCACAACAACCUGUUCAGCGAGAGGGACCCCGCGCGCCAUCGUGCGAUGAAGCGCAAAGUAGCACCGAUAUAUUCCAUGAGCUCUAUGGUAUCUUAUGAGCCAUAUGUGCAAGACUGUAUCAAGCUGCUGGCUAAACGCCUAGACGAGUUCAGUGAGGCGGAAAGAACAAUCAAUGUUGGGGAGUGGAUGCAGUAUUUCGCUUUCGAUGCGAUCACGGCGAUUACAUUUGGUGAACUACUUGGAUUCCUCGAAACCGGUGGCGAUGUCAAAGGCUUGAUUGACUUUCUAGACUCGGACGAAAUUUUACGAACCAGGCUAGCAAUCUACCCAUGGCUCACACCGAUAUUUGAGAAGUUCAUACCGAUAUAUGAGAAGUUCAUGAGCUCUGUCCACGGAACCAGUGGCUUAGCCUUUCAGCAGUUUGCUGACGGGAAAAUUGAGUCUGACCGCCAGGCACAGCUGGGCGGCAAAGAAAUUGGCAGCGGGCCGGUAUAUAUGGUACGACGCUUUUUGGAGAAACAGCAGGGGGAUCCUGAUAAAGGAAUGACGGACUGGGAUGUCGCCGCAAAUGCCGGCUCUAAUGUCGGCGCCGGCAGCGAUACAACGGCUCUCGCAUUGACGACGAUCUUGUAUUACAUGUAUCGCGAUCCCGCGAUCCUGACAUCCGUUCGAGAAGAGGUGGGGAACGCCAAUUUGCCAGAGAUCCCGAGUCUCCAGGACGUUCAGAAGCUGCCAUACCUGCAGGCUCUCAUUAAAGAAGCAAUGAGGAAGCAACCGGGCCUCGGCCUUCCGUACUGGCGGAAAGUGCCAAAAGGUGGCGUUGUGGUGGACGGACAUUUCAUUCCUGAAGGGUCAAAUGUUGGCGUCAGCAGCUGGGUGUCUCAUUACAAUCGAUCUGUAUGGGGUCCAGAUGCCGACAAGUUCCGCCCUGGGCGUUGGCUGGAGGCUGCAGCUGAGAAAGGAGACCAUGCAUCCGCCAUGGACCAGAGUUUCAUGCCAUUCGGUUUGGGCUCGCGAACAUGCAUAGGCAAGAAUGCCUCAUUAUUAGAGAUCUAUAAAUUGGUGCCUUUCAUCGCCAGAAACUACGACCUUGCCUUUCUGGACGAAAGGGGGAAUCCAGAGUCUCGGGAGCACCUGGAUCUUGAGAACAAGUGGUUUAUCAAGGUACCGCACCUUUAUGCGAAGGUCACCAGAAGACCAUAA